AUGGCUGCAAAACAUGGCCAGUCACUGCCUCACCUGCAAGCGGGUGAGGUGACGCUACUUGAUUACGCUGCAGAUGACUCUCGCGAUAUUGUGCCUUUAUCUGACAAAGAGGCUUUGGUCCUACAGCUCUACAACCAGAUACAGGAACAGCAACUGGAAAAGGCAUUUCUCGAACAAGACUUGGAAACAUUUUCGGGCGAAGAUGCCGAAGCGCAACUUGCGAUCGCGGAGCGUGAGCUCCUGGAGGCGCGAUCUACGUACACGGUCAGGAGGAAGGCCGUCCAGACGAUCCUCAUGACUGAUCCGAUCCUUAAAGCCGUUCACCUGAAGGCUACUACUCCUGCCGAGAGGUACGUACCGAAAAUCCCCGGGCUAGACCACGGUCUUAUUGAGAAAUACGAUAGGGCACUUCUUCAUCUACUGAACCGUCGCGAUGUGCUUACACUCGCCCAUGAGAAUCUUGCCUCGGCACAUGACUUGGUGAUUAAGCAGAUCUCCGACAUUGAAGUAGAGAAUCUAGAGAUCAACCGCGAAAAUCAGCAACUAGUGCGCCAGCUACUAGAGCUCACGAAACAAGAUUCAUCCUGGAGAGAGAAGCUUGAGGAUUCCCAACUGUUUCAACUUGAAGAGCUGGAAGUGGAUUUAAAGUCUCGCAAAGCUCAGUGGGAAACCAUGAAGAAUAUUGCAAGCGCAGUGGUAGUUGGGAGUGGAUUGAAUUGGGCUGAUGACGACAUGCUUCGCGCGUUGGUGAUAGAUGAAAGUGAUGACUGA